GGGGUGGCAGUUUAGGCAGCGAGAGGCUAAGAUGGUACCGACUGGCUUGGGGGUGUGUGUAAAUUAUUUAGAAGAAAAGGCCAGGCCCAGGCUGUCCUUGGCCAUGUGGCUUUUCCAGGGGCAGAGGGUGGCCCCUCCCUACUCGGGGGCCCAGCUGAGACUGACCUUUGACCCCCACCCCAGAGACCAGUGAACCAUUAACUCCUCUGAUGUGAGUCUUCCCACUCUGGCACCUCCCCUGGCCCCACCCCCAGGCAGGUGGGCUAGGGGCGGGGGCUUGGCCAUCCUGGCUUUCUAUCUGACGUGGCCUCCAGAGAGGGCAGCUAGAGACUGAGCCUGGCUCCCCUCCAUAACUCAGGAACCUUUCAGUGCCCACAGCCAGGCCUCAUGGGGACCUGAGGUGAUGGCUCUCACACCGCCAGUGGGGGGCACAGUCCUCAGGAUGUUCCACCAGGGGGAAUAGAAGCCGGAACCAGAGCCUCUAAGCCUGUCCCCCGAGUAAUGGGGCCCCCAAUGAGUCACCUGCUGGCUGGCCUGUGUGUGUGGGUGGCCUUGGGCCGGGUGGAGGGCUCAGCCCCCUACCUGGGGCCUGCUGAGCAGGAACAGAACCAUUACCUGGCCCAGUUGUUUGGUCUGUAUGGGGAGAAUGGGACGCUGACCGCAGGGGGCCUAGCCAGGCUCCUCCACAGCCUGGGACUAGGCCGAGUUCAGGCCCUUCGCCUGGGACACCACGGGCCUCCUGCUGGUCGGGGUGCAUCCCCAGCUGGAGACAAUUCCACACACAGGCCACAGGACCCCGAGCUGAGUGUGGAUGUCUGGGCAGGGCUGCCUCUGGACCCCUCGGGGUGGGGUGACCUGGCAGAGACAGAGGCCCCAGGACCACCCCAUGGGCCAGGCCCCUCAGGCCUAGGCCUCUUUCACAGACUUCUGCUGCUGGACCAUUCACUGGCUGACCAUCUGAAUGAGGAUUGUCUGAAUGGCUCCCAGCUGCUGGUCAAUUUUGGCUUGAGCCCUGCUGCUCCUCUCACUCCUCGUCAGUUUGCACUGCUGUGUCCAGCCCUGCUUUAUCAGAUUGACAGCCGUGUCUGCAUCGGGGCCCCAGCUCCAACCCCUCCAGGGGAUCUACUAUCUGCCCUGAUUCAUAGCGCCCUGGCAGCCCUGCUGCUCAGCCUGCCUGCGCCCCUCUCCCUGCUGCUGCUGCGGCUCCUGGGACCUCGUCUGCUGCGGCCCCUGCUGGGCUUCCUGGGGGCUGUGGCCGUGGGCACUCUUUGUGGGGAUGCGCUGCUGCACCUGCUGCCGCACGCGCAAGGAGGGCAGCACGGUGGAGCUGGCGGGCGGCCAGAGGAGGACCUGGGCCCGGGACGGUCGGUGCUUGGCGGUCUCUUCCUGCUCUUCAUCCUGGAGAAUGUGCUAGGGCUCUUGCGGCGUCGAGGGCGCAAGCCAAGAUGCUGCGGGCAGAAAAGAAAGGACCUCAGAACUCCAAACCUGGACCUGGAGGAUGGCAGUGGGGUGGCCCUUCAGCCACUGCAGGCAGCUCCAGAGCCAGGGGCUCAGAGACCAAGGGAGCAGGACAGCCAGCCCCCAACAGUCCCAGCCCCUCCUGGGCACCAAGGCCACAGUCACGGGUACGAGGGUGGUGGUGGCACCAACAUCACGUGGAUGGUCCUCCUGGGAGACGGUCUGCACAACCUCACUGAUGGGCUGGCCAUAGGGGCUGCCUUCUCUGAUGGCUUCUCCAGCGGCCUCAGCACCACUGUAGCGGUCUUCUGCCACGAGCUGCCCCACGAACUGGGUGACUUCGCCAUGCUGCUCCAGGCUGGGCUGCCCUUCCGGCAGCUGCUCCUGCUGAGCCUGGUGUCUGGAGUCCUGGGGCUGGGGGGCGCAGCCCUGGGGGUGGGGCUCAGCCUGGGCCCUGUCCCCCUCACUCCCUGGGUGUUUGGGGUCACUGCCGGGGUCUUCCUCUAUGUGGCCCUCGUGGACAUGCUCCCAGCCCUGCUUCGUCCUCCCGAGCCUCUCCCCCCGCUCCACGUGCUGCUGCAGGGGUUGGGGCUGCUGCUAGGGGGUGCCCUCAUGCUCACCAUAGCCCUACUGGAGGAGCAGUUGUGGCCCCUUGUCUCUGAUGACUGAGGGGGGGCUGGUGGAAAGGUGUCCAGGCUGCCCUGCCUUCCCCCCCGGCCAGAGGAAUGGAGGCGGGACACAGGGCCAGUAGGAUCAACAGGAUUUUAAUAAACAGAACCCAUCCCCAA